AUUAAUACUGUAUAUCUAAUAUGUAAAAACCUGAUCAAACACAAGAAAAUAAUCGAGAAUACAAUCAAGACAAUAUGAACAAAAGUUAGAAUAACAAGUAAACUCUUAUUGCUUAAUCUAUGUAAUUGAUUGAUAUCAUAUAUAGACAUCCAAAUAGGGGAGAAGCUUCAGAAUUGAUGUAAUACACAUAAUCACAUAUUCAAUAAACUGUUUUAAAUAUAAUUGAGAGUCUUGGAUAAACUAUUGCUUAAAUAUUGGCUAUUGAGAUAUUUUAAUCAUUUACAAAGAAAACUAGAGGGUGGAGUGUGCAUUUAUUAAAUAAUGAAAUAUCAAAUUAGAGAAGGCAUUUUAAUAAAUUAGAAAACGAAUGUAAAGAAAAGGGACAAUAAGUGGAAUGGUAAUUAGCUAGAGAAGAAUUCAAAAAACCUUUUAAAAAAUUAGAAGAUUUGCUUAUCAAUAAAGAGCAUAAAUAAUUAUUAUAAAAUAUUCUAUAACCUCCAACUCCAGAAUCCUCUAUUAUUGUUUAGCCAGAUUAGACGUAUUAUGAUGCAAUAGAUAUUUAUCAUUACAAAAGUUAGGUGAUUUUUCAUAAUUCUUUGUAAAAGGAUAAAACAGGAGCUGAUUUAUUGGAGAAGAUAAAAACUUAUAAGAAUGAAUUUGCUAAAUUUCUCUAUUUUUAAUUCAUCGAAUAAGGAAUCAACUAUCUCGACCAACUUUUAAAUUAUGUUUUGAUUAAUAAGACCUAAAGUAAUCACUCAACGCUUUAAUAAUUGAGUGAUUACAUCAAAUAAUUAUCAACUCAGAAUGAUAAACAAUAAUUAAUGUAGGAGAUUCAACUAAUCAUAGUUGUUUUUCCUGAGUUGUCUGAUUAUUUCUAGGAACUUUAAAUUAAUAUCAAUGAUAACUCUCUUUAUUUUGACAAUAGGAUUGAACUUAAUUCUAUCUAAUUCGAAUAUGUACUUCUUAUUUACGAUCAUCUCAGAAAUCCUAGACGAAAGCUGUCUAGAAAAUUGGCUAAGGAAACGAUAGAUUUUAUGAUGAAGCUGGCUUAGAAUAUAAGAGCAGGGACAGUUUAAUAAAUGAAAACUUUACUGAAAAAUUUGAAAAAAAAAAAUAUUAAACAGGAAAUGUUGAUUGAUUUUGAACACCUAUCUGAACUAUUUAUCUCUUCAAAAUUGAGAUUGUUUAUGAAAAUGAUUCAACAAAUUAAUGCACUCUAAGAACAUGAUUUCAAAGAUGAUUAUUUAAAUUUUGAAAUCAUUUCAUAAUAUGAACAUGCUAUUUUCGAAUAAUGUGAAAAGCAAAGUAAAGAUAAUUAUGAUGAUGUUUAUCAUGAACCUUCAGCUGAUGUGUAGUAAAUAAAAGUCUAGUAGGUUUUGUACUAAUUCACUUCUGUUAUAGAAAAUGCAGCUGAUCUUGAAAAAAGUUUAAAAAACAAUGACAUUUUAGAGUAAUCAAUUUUUGAUUAAAUUUAGGAAACUUAAGCAUUCAACUAAGGAGUCAACGUCUUCAAUCGAAAAGGAAAUCACAUUGGCUUAGACAAUUAUCAAAUUAUUAGAAAUACUUAAUUGUAUCUUCAUGUUCUAAAAAUUAAAUGUGAAAACAUUUCUUAUACUCUACCAAUACUUUUAAGACCUUAGUGAAAUACAAUUGAAAAUAAAAGAUAAGUAGUAAUGGAAUGUAGAUUAAAUUCCUAACUUGUACAAAUUAUUAUUGAAUUUCUAAUAGGAUCCCAAACAGUCCUUCCAAAAUUUAUUAGAAGAAACAAAAAUGUUAAUCUCUGAAGAACACACUGAUGAUUUCAGUGAUUUGAUAAAGGAAAUAGAAUAAUUUGAUCAAAACAAUGAGGCAACUUUCCUUAAGAAUGUGAAAUAGUUAUAUUAUAAAGAAUUCAAAGAUCACCUCUUAAAAUUAGCUCAAAUUGGAACUUAAUAGUUUAAAGAGACUGUUGUCUAUUUCAUUCAAUAAGUAGAUCCUUGA